GUCUGAGUACUGUUAUUUUCUGAACGGAGAAAAGGGAUUUUAAAAUGACUUGAUAUUCCACGGAUUUACGCAUAUCUAUGGCGUUUCUGCACAAAUACCUCAUUUUUCUAGGAACAGUAGUGAUUAUUCUUACCUAUGUUCAAGGUCAACCUCCCCUAGAAUUUACCUCAACAUUUAAAGAUGUAAUUACUGAAAGGAAUAAGGUGCUAGCUCUGCCAUGUUCAGCUGUAACUCAAGCAGAGUUUCAACCCAUAACGUAUACAUGGCGUAAAGAUGGCGCACCCAUAAAUGGCGACGCACGGUGUAACAUCUCAGCUGAUGGGACUCUGAAUAUUAAACGGGUGAAAAACUCUCAAAAAGUAACAGAUAAUGGAGUAUAUGAUUGUCUGGCCACAGAUACUUUCGGCACAAUCCAAAGUCCGAAAUUUCAGGUCACCGUUUCAGGCCAUGGCUUUGUGAAGGCUGUUGUCAGGCUGUAACCCAUCAAAGAUAUCAAUCAUUUGAAAAAACCAAUUGCCAGAUGGAACUUGGAGUUGUUCAUUUAGCUUUUAAUGCGAAUUUAAAGAUGAUGACUCGGAAAAUUAAUCCUGCUGGCCUUAUUCCCCAAAUUAUCUUUAUGUCCUUUUGUCAAAGUAUCCUUAUGUCCU